GCAAACCACUUCUCUCCUUUCCAACAACUCUUCGUCUAUUUUGCUUCUCCUAGGCUUGUUUCGCUUUCCUUCUCCUUCUCAUCCAGUGUUCCAAGUACGUAAGUGUACGUUGUCAGCUAACCUUUCUUUUCUCUCUUAUUAUAAUCUAAAGUGGACUCCUUUUGCGGUAGUAGCUUCGCGAUAUCGUCGUCGUACAAAGGUGUUGCUUGAUCCUUCUUCAACUGUUCGGGAGCUAGAAGCUAGAGUAAUGCCAGGCCCAUAAGCUUUACAAGAAAAAAGACCAAAAUACACACUCUGUUCUUUCUCACAUUUUCUCUCUCUCUCUCUCUGCAAUUAUAACUCCACCUAUAUGUGUGUGUUUGUGACAUAUGGUUCCUGCUUAGUGUUGCCAUCCUCUUUUUGAUUUCGAAAUGGGUCUGAAUUUGUGUAUGUAUAUAGACAGUUCUUUUUAUAUGGGUCUUCUACAUGAUUUUUGAUUUUUUUUUUUUUUGAAAGGUUAUUUUUCUAGUGUUGCCUUCUUUUUCAUUUCGAAAAUGGGUGUGAAUUUGUCACCCCCUCCUUGAUUUUUGUCUUAUUCUCUCUUCUAAUCUCUUGAGACUUGGUAUAUAUAUAGUUAUAUACUUGAUGCAAUGUUAUAUAUGUAAUCCAACUUCUAUUAUAUAUCCAAAAUUUCUUUUCUUGCUUUUUGUGCUAUUCCAAUGUUUAUUAGUAUGAUCUUUGAAGGUGUGACAAUUAAGGAGCAGAUUUUUUUGUUCCCAAACAAGCAAGCACCGGACAAACCCAGUUUGCAAUUUUCUCCCGUCCUCCUCCGCCGUUCUCCUCGCCAAUCUCCUCUACUUCAGGACUAUCAUGGAGUGGAAACAGUAAUACUGGCAUUCCAAUCACUAGGAGUUGUAUAUGGAGACCUUGGAACAUCUCCCCUUUUCGUCUUCUCCUCUAUUUGCCUCUCAAACACCGGUGAAGACGAUGUGCUCGGAAUAUUUAGUCUGAUCUUCUGGACUCUAACUUCAAUUGCGUUGAUUAAAAAUGUGUUCUGGUUCUUCGAGCUGAUGAUCACGGAGACGGUGGUACAUUUGCUCUGUAUUCAUACCUGUGUCGUCAUAUUAAUUUCCGGAGCAAAUUUACCCCCAGUAUGAGACUGUACCCCCAAGAAGUGCUAUAAAAUCUAGGACUACGAAGUUCCUUGAGAGAAUUCAGUUGCUCAGUCCCUCUUAACUUUUGUGGUGAUGCUGGGAACUUGCAUGCUAAUUGGCGACGGCGCUCUGACUCCUGCCACUAGCGUUCUCUCAGCCCUUCAAGGGAUUGACUCUAUUUCCUCAAAGAUAACACAAAAACAUGUUAUUGUCCUGGCGGUUGUGCUUCUCAUAGUCCCCUUCAUUUUCCAACAAUGUGGCACCAGUAAAGUCGGCUUCUUCUUCUCUCCAAACAUGAUAGUGUGGUUCUCAUCAAAUGCUGCAAUUGGCAUUUACAAUAUCGUUCGCUAUGAACCAACCAUUUUGAAGGCUUUGUCACCUCAUUAUAUAAUCAUAUUCUGUCAAAGAAAUGGCAAGAAUGGAUGGGAAGUCCUCGGGGCAGUGUCCUUGUGGAUAACAGGGGCUGAAGCCAUGUUUGCUGAUCUAGGCCACUUCACCAAGACAGCAAUUCAGGUAACCUCUGCGGACUCGACAUUCUCACAAAGUUUUGCCACCAUGGGAGCAACAUAA